AUGAAGUUCCAAGCUAGCCUCAUCCUGGCCCUCCAGGUUCUGUCCGUCGCGGCUCUCCCCCAUCCCAAGAGGGAAGCCGCGGAAGCUGCUGCUUCCUCAACUGCCGUGGCAUCUGCGACUGCUUCCGGUGCUGCCUCGGCUACUGCCACGACCGCGGCUCAAGCCACUGCUACCGCCGGUGCCGGCACCGGAGAUAAGAAAGGUGAAGAGGAGGACGAAAAUGAAGUCGAGCAAGCCGGCAAGUUCAACACCGUCAUCAAACUCGGCGGUGGUGACGUCAAAACCGACACUCAAUUUCCCGCUGGCACUGUCGGCGCCUUCGAAGUAGAGUUCAAAAACCCCGACGCCCGCCAACUCCGCGUAACAGAGAACAAGACCCCCGCCGCCGCACCUCCCGGUUUCAAAGCCCUCGAACCUGUCUCCUACAAGGUCGAGAUAGGCGGCGGUGCCUCCAAGGGCCUCACCCUCUCCAAAAUCGAUUUCAUCCGCAACGCCAACUCCACCGUCGACAUCAGCCAAGCGAAGCUGGGCAAGCUCUGCAAGGAGACCAACAGUUUCGUGAUUGGCGAUGGUGUGGGCGAGACCGAGUUUGAAGCGGAUGAGAAUGAGGUUGCGACCAAGGUGCCGGAUUUGGUGGGCGAGUAUGCGCUUUUCGUGCCCGAUGGAACCGCCGCUGCUACACCUGCCGCCCCGGCGGGUGAUAACAAGGAUGUCGCAACGCCGGCUGCCCCGGCCGCUCCGGCCGCGGGAGCCGGUGAUGCGGCUGGUGGUGCGGCUGGUGGUGGUGUCGCUGCGGGUUGCGGUCCUGGAACCAUUUGCAGGACGCUGGUUGAUGGUUUACUUUCGUUGAUUGAGGGUGCUGCUGCUGGUGCUCAGACUGGCAAGGCCUAA